UCCAGGGUUGAGUGCAGAACUAAUGAGAUGGCAUCUGCUAUGGACCUGUUACUCCAGUGGAUCCAAGUCACUUCUCAGGCAGGAACUGAUGUGGUUGAUCACCAGCCUCUCAAGACCUCUAGAUAACUCCCCUUUGUACCAAUACCUGCAAGAUGUGGGGCAUACAGACUUUGAAACUUGCCCAAGUUUGUCAUGGGUGGAAGAAUGCUCACCAAAUGAGGAACCAAAUGAAUUGUAUAUCCCUGCUCCACCAACAAGGAGUUUCUUGUCAAAGAGUUUUGAAAUUGUUCAAAAAUGGAAUCCAUUCUCCGAAAUUAAGAGAAGGGAAGAUUUGGAAUUACUGGAUAUUGAUUUUCAACGGCACGCUCUGUGCACCAUCCUGGAGCAGGAAGUGCUUGUUCAGGAGGAUGUGGAGCUGAUUGAACUCCUGGACCCCAGCAUCCUGAGCUCAGUCCAGGCUCAGCAACACCGAAAUGGCUACCUGCCAGCCUGGUGGCUGUCCGCAAUUCCUAGCAUUUGGGAUCUUUCUAUAUUGGUUGCAUUUGCUGGGGUCUUCAUAAUGACCUCAAAUGUGAGUGACACUUUCCCUUGGGUCAUGGUAGAAAUGUUUGGGCUUGGUCUUUAUAUGGUUUCCAGAAGCCUUGGCUUAUGGAAAAGGGCCAGGUUUCAGCAAUCCAUGAGAAAAUGCAGUGUAUGUCUUGAAAAUCUGGUGGCAAAUAGCCAUGCUUUCUCCAGUCUUGUACGAAAAACCCUGCGGCAGAUUCAGGAGAUCGAGGUUAUUUCAAGAGGAUUCGUGCUGGUGACGGCUGCAUGUCCUGCUCGUAAGCUGGGAAGCUCCUGGCAACAGGAAGGACAGCACCUAACUGGCUUGAGGAAAGCAGUGUACAGUGCAGUAAAAUCCACCUACCGUGCUUCCCGAGCAGCCACCUGCUAUCUGCUCAAGUGCUAUCCUCUGAACUCCGAGGCUGACAAUGUGACUAACUAUCUCUGUGCAAUCCCAUUAAGUGAACUUGGCAUGGGAUUGAAUGAGGAUGUUCUGUCUGAGGAGGAGGCUCAGGAACUUACUGAUGGUUACAGUCUUGCGUCAUUAAAGAUACUGUUUCAGCUGUGGGUGGGCCAAAACUCAGAGUUCUUCAGACGUUUAGUUUUGCUAUUGUCUCCUGUUAAAACUAUGCACAAGGCUCGUGGAUCUCCAGUGGAUCUGGUUUAUCAAAUUGUAGCAGAAUCAAUCCACAGUCUUUCUCAUGUUGUUACAACUUGCGUUGAAGAACUGAAGCGGAGCUAUGAAUUACAUAGAUACUUGCAGCACCAAUCUAAUUUCAAAACCCCGAAGAGGACUAACCAUGGAUCGAGUGAGCUGAAGAACAUAUUUACAGUGGUUCGUAGUCUGCAGCUCCACCUUAAGGUGCUACUAAAUGAGGUUAUUACUUUUGAAGAUUAUGUGGAAAAUCUGUAUGAAUCCAGAGAGCAGCAUGAAAUAACUCCUGAAGUGUACCAUGAUCUGGAUCAGAAACUUAAAUUGAUCAAGCCACAUAUGGAAGUGACAAUGGACUGUUGGGACGAGGCAAGAAACCAGAUGGAUAAACUAGUACAUACUUCUAAGGGACAGAAAAACACACAGGGCAUUGGUUUGCUUCCGGAAUCAAAACUCUCAGAAAAAUCUGUUGUGAAGAUCAAAGAUCAAGAUCCAGUCCCUGAAGAGCAGGAGCUUGAGGCUUAUGUGGAAGAAUCUGACUCAGAUGAGGACUUCAGAAGUGGUGUCUAUAACACCCUCUCACCAGAAGAACGAGAAAAGGAGAAGCGAGAAAGGGAGGAAUCUAGGAGAGUGCUUCUGGAACUGAAGAGUGUGCUGGGAUUCAAGGCGUCUGAGUUGGAGAGGCAGAAGUGGAAACAACUUCUUUUCAAUGACCAAGCUGCGCUGAAAACACUCUCAUCAUUGGACUUGGUGAGAGAACCUGUGGCUCCUCAGGACAUGGAUGCAAAUGACAGAGGUCAUCAGAGUUGUGACGAGCAUUUACAGGAGAUAGACCUCAGUCAACUAGAUGUCUUCACAGAUGGCUGGCAAGGUUGCAAGGCGACAGGAUCAGAAUCCACUGAUAUACAAUUGAAUAGCACCAGUGACAGCACCAUCCUCGGUGGUAUCAGUAGGAUCAGGAAUGCAGAUGGCAGUCCAGCUUGCCACUCAGACACCACAAACUUGUCUAAAGAAAAGCGAGAACAUCCUCAAUCAGCUUGCCCUGAACAGCAACAGACAGCUGUCAGACAGAGACUGGCAGAGAUGCACGGACCAGCCUCCCUGCACCUAACCUCAGCUCUGGCAGCACAAGCUGUUGCUCGCUCGCAUACCUUUGCCAGCUUUCAAGAACAGACGUUCGGAGAUGAUGAUGGCGAUGACGAUGAUGACAGGGUGAUGAUGGCGGAGAAAAGAGGCACAACACUGGAGAUUUUUGGAAAGGACACUGCAUGUAAUGAUACUAAAAUUUGAGCUUUGUACAUGGUAAAUAAUGAUUAUAACAUGAUAUUUAUUUAUAAUUUUAAAGACAGGAUGAUGUAAUGUAGUAAGUACUUAUUUUAAAACAAAACACCAGCAAUGUACUUAUUCCUUUGAGUGUGGGUUUUCAUUGUGAACCCUGUGUGAACACUCUGCCAUCGUCAUGGGAACAAUGAUCAGUGUCACAAGCAGUCAAGUAAAUUACUAUUUAUUGUGCCUAAAUGCACUGAGGUCUUGUGCAAAGGGUCUAGGUCAUAAAGAAAUCCUUUGGAGUAUUGCAGGAAUCUUGAAUACCCUACAUCAUGCCCUAGUGACGCUCAGCCCUUCUUACCAAAAUGCACCAUUGUUGCUGAUUAUGUGGCUGGUGAAAGAAAUAUAGUGUAUUCAAUCAGUUCAUCUUUAAACAUCUCCAAAAAUAGUGUAACUGUUCCUGAAACCAGACUCCUGCAUUAGUAAUCCAAAGAUACAAGUUUAAAUCCCAGGUCAAAUUUGAAAGUUUUCAUUCAAUAUUUUAAAAUUUUAAAUAAAAAUCUGGCAUCAGUAAAAAUCACAAAAUCCUAUUCCCGUGAAGGAAGGAAAUCGCAGCCCUUCCCUAUAACUCCAGUUCCACACCAACCCUGUCCUGGCCAUUGACCUUUACAGCCCAAGAAUGAAAUUGAAGGUGAGGUCACUGCAUUCACUUUUUCUUCCCACCAACAAAGUUCAGUGACAAAUCUGAGCCUUCUUUAGAAUUUAAAUAACCUCUGGAGUCACCAGUCUGCAAUUAAUAAUUUAAAUACAAAGGCCUAGAUAUUCUUUGGCUUAGGCUCACCUAGUACAACAAAAUUCAUCAAGACACAUUCUUUAUAAAAAUGAGUUCAGAAAACUUUAGAAAAAUUAGAAAAAUUUUAACACCCUGCCAGGCAUUAGGAGCAUUUAAGAGGAAAAGAUCGGUCGAUGUUACGGGCUAGAACUCUUCGUCCUGACGAAGGGUUCCGGCCCGAAACGUCGACCGAUCUUUUCCACGGAUGCUGCCCGACCUGCUGACUUCCUCCAGCUUGUUGUGAGUGUUGCUUUGACCCCGGCAUCUGCAGAUUAUUUUGUGUUUAGGAGCAUUUAAGAAACUCUUAGAUAACCACAUGAAGGAUAGAAAGAUGGAGGGCGAUUAUAGGAGGGGAGGUCUAGAAUUAUCUUAUAUUAGGUUAAGCACAGCAGCUUGGGCCAAAGUGCCUGCACUGUGCUGUAGUGUUCUCUGUUCUAGCGACAAACAAAAAAGCUGCAGAUGCUGGAAAUCUGUAAAAGAAGGAAAACGUUGGAGAUACUCGACAGAUCAAGUAGUAUCUAUAAGAGAGUGAAACAGGGUUAAUGUAUCCGGUCAGUACCAAGCUCUAAUGAAAGGUCCCAGUUGGAAAGUAAACAAGUAGUGUGAUGAAGGUCUGGAGCAAGAGGGAGGGGAUCUGGAAUAGGGAGGAGACCAGAGGAAAUAUCUGUGAUGGCGAGACUGAUGAAAAUAAUGUUCCGUGAGAGGGGACAUAAAGGCUAGUUAAUUGUCUACAAAGAUAGCAUUAACAAAACCCAGCAGUCCGAAUCUUUCUCUAAUUUAUUUUAGGAGACAUUUAAAUGUAUACCAAUGCCUGACAGGUCACUAAUUAACUUGUCCCUCAGCUGGAGGAGGUGUAAAUAGUAGAUGGGUGAAAAUAAUCUAGCUGGAUCUACAGGAUAUAAAUCUGCAUGCUGGAAAUUUGUAAUGAAAGAGAAUUUGGUGGUUACCCAACAGUUCAGCAGUAUUUGUAGAGAAAAGUCAAGUUAACAUAUAGGUUGUUAAUCUUUCAAAUACCAGUCUUUGCUUUUUUAUGUUUCGCUCUUCACAAAUGCUGCCUAACCUGCUGAGAAUUUGCAGCGUUUACUGUUUUUCUUUCAAUAAUCUCAAGUUAUUUACCCAUUUCCUGUGGUGAUUAAUACAGGAAUGUUAUUGCAGAAAUGGAUUCGACCCUGACCUCCAGCACGCCUGUGUGGAGUCUGCAUGUUCUAGCUGUGACCAUGUGGGUAUCUGUGAGUGCUCUAGUUUCUUCCCAAACCCCAAAUAGUGGUUAGCACGACACUAUAACAGCUUGGGCAUCACAGUUUGGAUUUCAAUCCCAGUGUCCUCUGUGAGGGGUUUCUGUAUAACCCCGCCCCCAUGGAAUGCAUGGGUUUUCCCUGGGUCCUCUGGUUUCCUCCCAUGGUCCAAAGAUGUACCAGGUAGGAUAAUUGUCCUGUGAUUAGGUAAGGGUUAAAUUGGGGUUGUGGAUUGUUGCUGGGUGGUACAGCUCUAAGGGCUGGAAAGACCUAUUCCGCACUGUAUCUCCAAAUAAAAAUAAGUAAAUAGAUAAAUGUGAAUGGGUUAGUAAUUAACUGGAUGUGUGAGUGGUAAGAUCGUUUGCAGACAAUACAAAGAUGGGUGAAGGGGAAGGUAGUGUUGAGGAAGCAGGGAGUCUGCAUCUGUGGAGGCCAAGUCAUUGGGUAUAUUUAAAGUGGAGGUUGAUAGGUCCUUGAUUCGUCAGGGCAUCGAAGGUUACAAGGAGAAUGGUGUGAAAGGGAUAGUAAAUGGUCACAGUCAUAGUCAUACUUUACUGAUCCCGAGGGAAAUUGGGUUUCGUUACAGUUGCACCAACCAAGAAUAGAGUAUAAAUAUAGCAAUAUAAAACUAUAAAAAAAAUUAAAUAAUAGUAUGUAAAUUAUGCCAGGAAAUAAGUCCAGGACCGGCCUAUUGGCUCAGGGUGUCUGACCCUCCAAGGGAGGAGUUGUAAAGUUUGAUGGCCACAGGCAGGAAUGACUUCCUAUGACACUCUGUGCUGCAUCUCAGAGGAGUGAGUCUCUGGCUGAACAUACUCCUGUGCCCACCCAGUACAUUAUAUAGUGGAUAGGAGACAUUGUCCAAGAUGGCGUGCAACCUGGACAGCAUCCUCUUUUCAGACACCACCGUCAGAGAGUCUAGUUCCAUCCCCACAACAUCACUGGCCUUACGAAUGAGUUUGUUGAUUCUGUUGGUGUCUGCCACCCUCGGCCUGCUGCCCCAGCACACAACAGCAAACAUGAUAGCACUGGCCACCACAGACUUGUAGAACAUCCUCAGCAUCGUCCGACAGAUGUUAAAGGACCUCAGUCUCCUCAGGAAAUAGAGACGGCUCUGACCUUUCUUGUAGACAGCUUCAGUGUUCUUUGACCAGUCCAGUUUAUUGUCAAUUCGUAUCCCCAGGUAUUUGUAAUCCUCCACCAUGUCCACACUGACCCCCUGGAUGGAAACGGGUCACCAGUACCUUAGCUCUCCUCAGAUCCACCACCAGCUUCUUAGUCUUUUUCACAUUAAGCUGCAGAUAAUUCUGCUCUCACCAUGUGACAAAGUUUCCUACCGUAGCCCUGUACUCAGCCUCAUCUCCCUUGCUGAUGCAUCCAACUAUGGCAGAGUCAUCAGAAAACUUCUGAAGAUGACAAGACUCUGUACAGUAGUUGAAUUCCGAGGUGUAAAUGGUGAAGAGAAAGGGAGACAAGACAGUCCCCUGUGGGAGCCCCAGUGCUGCUGAUCACUCUGUCGGACACACAGUGUUGCAAGCACAUGUACUGUGGUCUGCCAGUCAGGUAAUCAAGAAUCCAUGAUACCAGGGAAGCAUCCACCUACAUCGCUGUCAGCUUCUCCCCCAGCAGAGCAGGGCAGAUGGUGUUGAACGCACUGGAGAAGUCAAAAAACAUGACCCUCACAGUGCUCGCUGGCUUGACCAGGUGGGCGUAGACACUGUUCAGCAGGUAGACGAUGGCAUCCUCAACUCCUGGUCGGGGCUGGCAGGUGAACCAGAGGGGAUCUAAGUGUGGCCUGACCAUAGGCCGGAGCAGCUCCAGAACAAGUCUCUCCAGGGUCUUCAUGAUGUGGGAGGUCAAAUCAGCCAUGAUGAAAUGGUGGAACACACUCGAUAGGCCAAAUGGCCUAAUUCUGCUCCUAUGUCUUCCGGUCUAAUGUGGAGUUAAUGAGAAUGUGAGUGGAAUUUUUAAAAAUAGGAUUAAUGUUGGUGUGUGUGCAUGAUGGUCAGUGUGGACUUUGUUGGUUGAAGGCCUUUAUCUAUGCUAUUUCUCUGCUUCUGCUUUCCAUGGAAUAUGCUGCUGUGUACUGUGAAGUCAAAUUUUUAUCUUGACCCUCAUUUGGUGGCCACAGUUAAGUACUCUUUUAAAUUGGUCUCAAGAAUUUUCCUCACAAUACAAAAACUAGCACAAACACUGAAAUUGCUCAGAAUUAUUGAAUUAAUGUUCCUUAAAUGCUAAGGGAAUCUCUGCUUGGAACUGCUUACCCAAUGAAUGAAUCAAUAAAUUAAUCUUUAACAUCGGACUUGUUUAUUCCAAAGGGGUCAUAAACCCACUGAACAUAAGAGCUCUCACCCCACUAGGGAUAGGGUUCCCCUUGUCCGUACCUACCACCUCACCAGCCUCUGGGUCCAACAUAUAAUUCUCCGUAACUUCCGCCACCUCCACCGGGAUCCCACCACCAAGCACAUCUUUCCCUCCCCCCCACCUUUCUGCUUUCUGCAGGGAUCGUUCCCUACGCAACUCCCUUGUCCAUUUGUACCCCACAACCCUUCCCACCGAUCUCCCUCCCAGCACUCAUCCUUGUAAGCGGAACAAGUGCUACACGUGCCCUUACACUUCCUCCCUCACCACCAUUCAGGGCCCCAAACAGUCCUUCCAGGUGAGGCAACACUUCACCUGUGAGUUGGCUGGUGUGAUGUACUGCGUCUGGUGCUCCCGAUGUGGCCUUCUAUAUAUUGGUGAGACCCGACGCAGACUGGGAGACCGCUUUGCUGAACACCUAUGCUCUGUCCGCCAGAGAAAGCAGGAUCUCCCAGUGGCCACAUAUUUUAAUUCCACGUCCCAUUCCCAUUCUGAUAAUGUCAAUCCACGGCCUCCUCUGCCGUCAAAAUGAAGCCACACUCAGGUUGGAGGAACAACACCUUAUAUUCCGUCUGGGUAGCCUCCAACCUGAUGGCAUGAACAUUGACUUCUCUAACUUCCAUUAAUGCCCCUCCUCCCCUUCCUACCCCAUCCCUUAUUUAUUUUUAUUCCCCCCUUUUUUUCUCUCUGCCCCUCUCACUAUAACUCCUUGCCUGCUCUCCAUCUUCCUCUGGGCUCCCCUCCCCCUUUCUUUCUCCCUAGGCCUCCCGUCCCUGAUCUUCCCUCUUCUCCAGCUCUGUCCCUUUUGCUAAUCAACUUUCCAGCUGUUAGCUUUAUCCCUCUCCCUCCUGUCUUCUCCUAUCAUUUUGGAUCUCCCCCUCCCCCUCCCACUUUCAAAUCUCUUACUAUCUCUUCUUUCAGUUAGUCCUGACGAAGGGUCUUGGCCUGAAACAUUGACUGUACUUCCUAUAGAUGCUGCCUGGCCUGCUGCGUUCCACCAGCAUUUUGUGUGUGUUGCAUAAACCCGCUAUAUCCAGAUUUGUUUAAAGUUGCAACUGUUGAUACCUGCUUUUUCACCUUCUUGGACUAAAUUGCUUUACGGAAUUUUAAUUUAAAGUAGUCCUCAUCCAACUUUAGGGUUUAAAGAGUAUGAUAAUGUGUUAAGAAUGGUGAACAUUAAACUGUGCAGAUUGUAGUUUGUUUUCAUAAUGUGUCCAGACUAGUGUUGAAGUGCAUUACACAGUGAGAUGUACUGAGGCAGAAUAUCCCCUCCUCCCCACCUCACACCCUCAAUCAACCUAUGGGGGCUGCUGAACUAAGAAUUAUUACCGGUGUUUGGGAAGGUAGCACAGCUGGACCCUCCUACAGGGAGGCAAAGUAAUUCUAUCGUGAAUAUACUGUGGUGAGGAAGCAGGAGGGGGUUGGUGGUGAGAGCUACAGAAGCAUUCAAAUUUUGUUCUACCUUAAGCUGAUGCAGUGGAAUUAGUGACCCGACAGGCUCUGGUAAACAUUCAAGUGUCUUUUAAAACAAGUUAUUAAAUGUAGAAAUGGAGAGAGAUUUGCUGCUCUGCUGGUUUUGUUAAUUGGAGACAGAGGGAAGACUGCAGAUGCUGGAAAUCUAGAACAAUUCACAAAAUGCUGGAGAAACUCAGCAUGUCAGGCAGCAUCAAUAACAGGAAAUGAAUAGUUAAUGUUUUGGCAAUGCCCUACAUCACAGCUAGAAAGAAAGAGGGCAGAAACCAGAACAAAGGGUGGGGGGAGGGUUAUGGGGAAAAGUACAAGCUGGUGAGAUGAGAAUUUUUGGUCAAGAUGGCGCCUGCGUACAACAGUCCUUCAGUUGACAUCUUCUGGAUAGAUUGUUAAACCAUAUAUUUCAGGUGAGCUCUGCUGCCGGGGAGGGGAGACUGGCUUUUUAUUGCUGGUGAGAUCAUUCAGCUGCCCGAGAGGUGAAACUGCCUUUUUAUUGCUGGUGAGAUCACGCUGCUACCUGCGAGGGGAGACUGCCUUUUGAUCACUGGUGAUCACUCUGUUGCUGGAGAGGGAAAAGCCUGCUGCUGUGCCAGGUUUUCUGCGUUUUGGAUAUGGACUUGGACUAUAGACUUUUUUGUCAGUCUUAUAGUUUUUUUAUAUUGUGUUUUUUGCCCAAUCUUUCUUGUUUUCUGUGUGUGGGGGGAGGGGAAAUUGGGGGUCAGUGUUCCUGUUUUGUCUUUGUUCAUUUUUUUGUGCAGAGAGAAGGGAUUUAGGGGUUGAUGAUUGUGUUGCCAUUCUUUUCUUUCUCAGUUUCAUGACUACCUAGAGAAGAAUUUCAGAGUUGUAUACUUUGAUAAUAAAUGAAACUUUGGUGAUGAUAGAUGAAUACAGGUGAGAGGGGAUAGAUAGCACUGCCCUCCAAUCACGGACAAGUUAUUUAUUCUUGGCCUUUCAAAGUAUUGUGCUUGCCUAUUAUCCCCAUUGUAUCCCGACUCCAGGCUCCCUGUCUCAGUGUACGUAUUUCUAAAAUGGUGUCCUUGUCUGCCAAUCCCUCUUUUCAUUUCUGUUCAAAAAUGCCACCUUUGGCUUCAAGUUAAAACGUUGCAAGAUCACAGACAAGACUACAAAAUCCAGCCAAGCAUCCACCACAGGCUUACAUCAAAGCAGGAGAGCCAUCUUGCAGCUGCACAUUAAACCAAGGAUGCAUUUCAAAGAUCUCACAGCACUACUUACAGUGGUAUCCCAGCCAAUGUCUACUCAACUAACCACUCAACAUUAGGUUGGGGUCGGUUUAUUUAUGCUGUACCUCACAAUGUUGAUUGCACUUCAAAAGUUGCUCAUUAACUGUAAAGCACCUUACAAUGUUUCAAAGUUGGGCAGAAUGCUCUGCAAAUGUUCAUUAUCGCUGGGGUAAAUUAUUUUGUGUAAAUCCCUUUACACCAUAAGAAUUUUGCAGAGGUCAGAUUCGGUGGCCUUGAAUUGUAGUGGAAGGUUGAAGGGAAAUAAAGAUUG